AUGUCUCUAACAAGUGUUAGCGACAAGGAGGUGGAUAUCGUGAUCGGUGCUUUCCGAUCUGAUCUGACGUCUUUCAUGGAGGAAUGGCGACCUAUAUUCUCUCGAUUCCACUUAAUAAUCGUGAAAGAUCCGGAUCUUAAAGAGCUAAAACUCGCCGAAGGUUUUGACGUUCGUGUCUACACAGAGGCCGAUAUAGUCAAAGUCGUCGGUCCUUCUAAAAUCGCUCUGUUUUCCGGCUACUCCUGUCGCUAUUUCGGCUAUCUCGUUUCCGAUAAAAAGUAUAUUAUUUCAAUCGACGAUGACUGCACGCCGGCUAAAACAAACAACGGUGAUUUGGUAGACAUAGUCGCCGGACACAUCAACAACCUUAAAACUCCAGCGACUCCUUUCUUCUUCAAUACUCUCUACGAUCCAUAUCAGAAGGGAUCCGAUUUUGUUCGUGGAUACCCGUUUAGUCUACGUAGCGGCGUACCUUGUGCGAUUUCAUGUGGGCUUUGGCUUAAUAUAGCAGACUACGAUGCACCAACACAAGCGCUGAAACCAGAUCUGAAGAACACGAGGUAUGUCGAUGCUGUUUUGACUGUUCCUUCGAAGGCAAUGAUGCCGAUGAGUGGAAUCAACAUCGCGUUUGACCGGGAGCUGGUGGGCGCCGUCGUGAUGCCGGCGUUGAAGCUGGUGAAGGAAGGGAAGGUCCGGUGGGAGACGAUGGAGGAUAUAUGGUGUGGUCUUGUGGUGAAAGUGGUGUGUGAUCAUUUGCAGUUGGGUGUGAAAAGUGGGAUUCCGUAUGUUUGGAGGAACGAAAAGGGGAGUGCGGUGGAGAGUUUGAGGAAAGAGUGGGAAGGUGUGAAGCUGAUGGAGGAGGUGGUUCCGUUUUUUGAGACGUUGAAGCUGUCUCCGGAGGCAGUGACGGCGGAGGAUUGUGUGAUGGAGGUGGCUGCGGCGGUGAAGGAGCGGCUGGGAUCAUCAAAUGCGGUGUUUUCCGGUGCUGCUGACACGAUGGUAGAAUGGGUAAAGCUCUGGAAUGCUGUCAGGUCCCAAGCUUAA